CAGUCUAACCAGGUCUAGUGGUAUAGAGAACGGUCUAACCAGGUCUAGUGGUGUAGAGAACGGUCUAACCAGGUCUAGUGGUAUAGAGAACAGUCUAACCAGGUCUAGUGGUGUAGAGAACAGUCUAACCAGGUCUAGUGGUGUAGAGAACAGUCUAACCAGGUCUAGUGGUGUAGAGAACAGUCCUAGUCAAUACAACCAUAGCGUUCACAGCCACUCCUCAACCACAACCACAACCACCACGGUCACAACCACCACGGUCAGUGCUGUGCGGUCACCAUGGACGGUUGUGGUCUAACCCCGGUCUUGGACUAUACGGCUGAGAUGGAGCGAUACCGAUCUUUCGCUAACUUCUACGCUAAAACUAACGUGAACAUGAACGCUGUUAACAGCAUGAAUUUCCCUCAGUCGGCCAAGCUCGCCCGAAUCACUCCUCCCAUGUUCCCCGGCGGCAGGCUUGGCGUAGCGGGAGUGACGCCUUGGGGCUGCCAUGACAACGUCAACAUGAACAUCAAUGCAGCGGCGAUGCUGUGGGGGCGGAAACCUCCCGUACAUCAGGCCACACCCCUGGCUCCUCCCACAACGCACCCAUCGCCCUUGGCAACGCACAUGCAGCCCCACCCCCACCGGACCGGCGGUGAGGGGAAGCAGCACGGAGGACACGCCUCCUCCUCACAGGGACAGGAAACACAUCAUCACCAUGGGAAUAACAACUUCCUGUCAGGCUACACGACCACCGAUCACAUGACAAAACAAGGCCACACCCACCAGGACAUGCUCAGCCUAUCAGAUCGCAACAGCAGCUGCAAUGGAGGAGGAGGAGCCAACGGGGUCAACAUGCCCAACUUCCCCGCUGGAAUGUUGGGGUUACCACCCGGGGUCAUCGUCAUGGCGAUGGGGUCGCACAAUGGCGUCAACAUUCCAGACUCCUCCCACUUCCAGAUGGCGACCAACCACAACCAGAUGCUAUCGGACUGCCACCACGCCAACCAGACUAACUCCUCCCCCUGCCCCUCGACUUCCCCGGGGAUGACCUCUGGGGGUCAGGGGUCAGGAGCCUCCAAGAGGAAGAGGAAGCGGUGUGGAGUGUGUGCCCCCUGCAGGAGACUGAUUAACUGUGGGGUGUGUUCAGCCUGUAGAAACAGGAAGACAGGUCAUCAGAUCUGUAAGUUCAGGAAGUGUGACGAACUGAAGAAGAAGGCUGGGAGUAUACAGCUAGAGAGUCCUCCCUCGGUGCCCAGUGGAGAAGCUUUCAGAUGGUUCUUCUAGAGGUCGAACAACAACUCUUGAAAAGCUGAAGAUGUGAAAAGGAGAACUCCUGCUAGUCUUUACUAGUCUAUAACUAGUCUAUAACUAGUAACUUGUUUCAGUUCUUCACCUCGUGACUGGUUCCUCUCUCACCAUAGAAAUAGAGUCUUAUAGAACUGGCCCCCCCCCCCUUCCCCCCGUCAGUGAUGUCGUGAUGGGGCCUGAGAUUCUGUCUCUUAUACUCUCUACCUCCUUUCACAACAACAACAACAACAACAACAACAACGACACCACCACCAACAACAACAACAACAACAGCAACAACAACAACAACAACAACAACAACAACAGUGUUCUAAUUCUUCCUCAAUGUAGCCCAGUCAGUCCGAUGUGUUUUCAGGACAGUACAUCGCACUGCAGUGAGAGCAGAAACCUUUAGAACCCAGGAGGUUCCUCCUUCAUGUUCUGAUGUUUAACAACUACGAACCUGACUGUCACAGAACGUUUCCCGGGAAACAUGUAAGGUUGUGUGUUCAAACGGAGCCCUCUUCCCUGUAAAGUUUGAAUUUGGACAUAUAGUGUGUUAUACUUACGCUAUAUAGUGCGCUACUUUGAAUGUAGUGCAUUGUGGAGGGAAUAGGAUGCUGCCUGGGACCCUUUUCGUUGAAUUAAGCCCCUCCUCUCUAACUGCUUGGGAACCUUUUCGUCGAAUUAAGCCCCUCCUCUCUAACUGCUUGGGAACCCUUUUCACUGAAUAAGCCCCUCCUCUCUAACUGCUUGGGAACCUUUUCGUCGAAUUAAGCCCCUCCUCUCUAACUGCUUGGGAACCUUUUCGUCGAAUUAAGCCCCUCCUCUCUAACUGCUUGGGAACCCUUUUCACUGAAUAAGCCCCUCCUCUCUAACUGCCUGGGAGCCUUUUCACUGAAUAAGCCCCUCCUCUCUAACUGCCUGGGAGCCUUUUCACUGAAUAAGCCCCUCCUCUCUAACUGGCUGGGACCCUUUUCGUUGAAUUAAGCCCCUCCUCUCUAACUGCCUGGGACCCUUUUCACUGAAUAAGCCCCUCCUCUCUAACUGGCUGGGACCCUUUUCGUUGAAUUAAGCCCCUCCUCUCUAACUGCCUGUGACCCUUUUCACUGAAUAAGCCCCUCCUCUCUAACUGGCUGGGACCCUUUUUCACUGAAUUACGCCCCUCCUCUCUAACUGGCUGGGGCCCUUUUUCAUUGAAUAAGCCCCUCCUCUCUAACUGGUUGGGAUCCUUUCAUUGAACAAGCCCCUCCUCUCUAACUGGUUGGUUUCCUUUCAUUGAACAAGCCCCUCCUCUCUAACUGGUUGGGAUCCUUUCAUUGAACAAGACCCUCCUCUCUGACUGGUUGGGAUCCUUUCAUUGAACAAGCCCCUCCUCUCUAACUGGCUGGGACCCUUUUUCAUUGAACAAGCCCCUCCUCUCUAACUGGCUGGAACCCUUUUCAUUGAACAAGCCCCUCCUCUCUAACUGGCUGGGACCCUUUCAUUGAACAAGCCCCUCCUCUCUAACUGGCUGGGACCCUUUCAUUGAACAAGCCCCUCCUCUCUAACUGGCUGGGACCCUUUCAUUGAACAAGCCCCUCCUCUCUAACUGGCUGGGACCCUUUUCAUUGAACAAGUCCCUCCUCUCUAACUGGCUGGGACCCAUUCAUUGAACAAGACCCUCCUCUCUAACUGGCUGGAACCCUUUUCAUUGAACAAGCCCCUCCUCUCUAACUGGCUGGGACCCUUUCAUUGAACAAGCCCCUCCUCUCUAACUGGCUGGGACCCUUUCAUUGAACAAGCCCCUCCUCUCUAACUGGCUGGGACCCU